UCUCCCCGAAUUAGUGCAUGAAUUUCCUAUCGAUCCGCCCGCGGUUCCAUUCAUCUCUGACAACUCCCUCCUGCACCCGCCCCUCUUGCUCCCAACGCCUCCUCCCUCCCUCCCUACCCCUCCCCAUUCGGGCUGCAAAGAAAAGCCCUUUGCUCAGUGUCCCUCGGCCGCCAGUGGGUUCUCCCCUCAUCCAUAGGAGCCCCCACGCACCCCCUCACUGAGUCCCCACACAGAUGCAGAGUGUCUGGGCUCCCUUCUCAUUGAGGGAGGAGAUGGGGGGUACUGUGGAAGACAGAGAAUACCGCACAGAGGUGAGGUAGCGCAGGAGGAUGGGGGGGAUACACCGGGAACCCCAACUUCUCAAGGAUUGCGCUCUGCCCCACGCCCUAACAUGCACCCCCACCUACCCACCCAGCUACCACACUUCUCUCUCUCUGAUCCCGGGGAGAAUCUGGCUAGGAGGCGGCGGCUCUGCUGGAGCCCUAUGUAAAUCCUGGUGUUGGGUGGGUGGGGAGGAGGAAGAGAAGGGGGAAAUAAACCUCUUUGGCUGGAGUAGGGUCCGGGUGAGCAGAUUUCCUUAUCCGGGAAUCGCAGGCGGGGAGGCCAUUGGCUCCGAGGAUCACGUGGGUCCCCAACUUUGUUCACUUGACAGUAAGUAGGAGGGCUUUCGGAAACAGGAAAACGAGUCAGGGGUCGGAAUAAAUUUUAGUAUAUUUUGUGGGCAAUUCCCAGAAAUUAAUGGCUAUGAGUUCUUUCCUGAUCAACUCAAACUAUGUGGACCCCAAGUUCCCUCCGUGCGAGGAAUAUUCACAGAGCGAUUACCUCCCCAGCGACCACUCGCCGGGGUACUACGCCGGCGGCCAGAGGCGAGAGAGCAGCUUCCAGCCGGAGGCGGGCUUCGGGCGGCGCGCGGCGUGCACCGUGCAGCGCUACGCGGCCUGCCGGGACCCGGGGCCCCCGCCGCCGCCGCCCCCGCCGCCCCCGCCGCCGCCCGGGCUGUCCCCUAGGGCUCCUGCGCCGCCGCCCUCCGGGGCCCUGCUCCCGGAACCCGGCCAGCGCUGCGAGGCGGUCAGCAGCAGCCCCCCGCCGCCUCCCUGCGCCCAGAACCCCCUGCACCCCAGCCCGUCCCACUCUGCGUGCAAAGAGCCCGUCGUCUAUCCCUGGAUGCGCAAAGUUCACGUGAGCACGGUAAACCCCAAUUACGCCGGCGGGGAGCCCAAGCGCUCGAGGACCGCCUAUACCCGCCAGCAGGUCCUGGAGCUGGAGAAAGAGUUCCACUACAACCGCUACCUGACGCGGCGCCGGCGGGUGGAGAUCGCCCACGCGCUCUGCCUGUCCGAGCGCCAGAUCAAAAUCUGGUUCCAGAACCGGCGCAUGAAGUGGAAGAAAGACCACAAGCUACCUAACACCAAGAUCCGUUCGGGGGGCACCACAGGCGCCGCAGGAGGGCCCCCCAGUCGGCCCAACGGAGGCCCUCCCACGCUCUAGCCUGGGAAUCCAGAACCUUGGGGUGGGGGGUGGGUGACGUGCUGAGCUUUUGGGGGUGUGGGAGGGGAUGUGGGAGGAGACCCUGAGGCUUGGGCCCCCCCCAAAAGCCUACCUGCCCGCCCCUCCCUUGAUCUAUUUACACGAAUAAACGCAGAGGAGAGGGAGGGGAAGCUUUAUUUAUAGAAAAGACAAUAAGAAGUUGUGGGGCAAACCCCCUCCUUAGAAGCAAGGUUCAAGUCUCUUGCUUUCUUCCUUACAAAAAAAGAAGAAGAAGAAGAAGGAGGAGGAGGAAGAAGGAAAAAAAAAGACAGAAAGAGCAAUAGGAGGAGGCCGCGCUCCUUGGUUUCAGCUUUGGCGAAGAUGAAUCCACGUUUCAUCUUUAAUCACGCCGGGCCCGGGCCCAUCUGUCUUGUUUACUCUGCCGAGGAGAGGACGGGCCUCGGCGGCGACCAUUACCUCGACACCCAGCUAACAAAUGAGGCCGGCGCCGCGCCGCCUCCGCUGCUGCUUGCUGUUGCUGUUGCUGCUGCUGCUGUUGCGGCUGGAAGCCGGCCUGGAUUCUCUUUCUUUGUCCCCCAUUCCUGCCACCCAGCGACAGCACCCUCUGACUGCCACAUAGCACAGUGUGUUGGCCACGGUAACAAACACACACACACCACCCUCCUCCCCCUCCGUGACCGUCUGGGGGCCACUGACUGCGCACCCCACCUUCCACCUUGGGGUUGGUUGUGGGGCACAGCAAGAAGGGGAGAAGGAGGUGGGUUGGAAACAGGGUUGGCCAUCUAGGAGUAGCCAGGGAAACUGAGUCCAAGACCAAAAGAGAGAGCGGGGAGGGCCUUCCUCGGGAAGGUCAAACCUUUCCAGGCAGGAGGAGGGGCCACGGAAUUGGGAAAGUUGGGUAAGCCCUUUGCCAAUCUGGUGCUGGACUGCCAGGCCCUCGCCUGCCAAUGAAUGUGAAACUAGGACAUAAAGGUCGAGCCCCUCCCAUCACGGAGACUGACUUGUGUUGUGGAGACCUUUCCCGUAGUCUGAUUGUUGCAUCGAUUAUUAUUAUUAUAUUAUUAUUAUUUUAUUCUUAAUUUUUAUGUCCCGUGCGUCCUUUCUUCUUACUCUCUUUCUGACAUUCCAAGCCAGGCCUCUUCCUAGUUAUCUGAAGGUGCCUGAGUCUAGAACCCUUUGGUGUGAAGAUGUGCGUCUUGUAUAGAGUGACAAUAGAAAUAAAUGUUUGGUUUCUUGUGA